GAUUGUCAAGCUGCAGCUCAGUGCUGCUUGCUGGGAAAUAAGGAAAGAAAUUUGACACCAAGCAUCAUCUUGGCUACUGAAAUAUCAUCUCUGAGGUCACUCGACUUAAAGGGCAUUUUUUAUUAUUGUUUUGUCGAGUCUUGGUGGAAGAGGGUCCCUUGAUCAUGCAAAACGGAUCCAGGGGAAAUCAGAAAUUUUCUUGUCCACCUAUUCUCUGCAUUCCGACUCUCCCAACUACCUCCGUCACCUUGUAAAAUUGGCAGGCUCUGGACCUUUUGCAUGCUGGAGAAAAUCACUGUUUUGCCUCCAGCAAGAAACAUGCAUGUUGCAACACUGACUCCUCCUCUAGUGAAGAAAGAGUGAACAAGUGCACCGAGUUGAGCUUCUUCACAGAGACACGCGGCUGGCGACUGCGGAGCAGAGGCUAAAAUCCCCAGACGCCGGGUCUUCUGGGCUGGGCUUUCCCCUCCUCCCUGUUCUGUCUUACUCGCUCUUCUGCGUUCUGGAUUUUACCCAGGGCUCAGGAAACAGCUUUACCUGCAGUGAGAAAGCUCGCGUCCUUUGCAGGAAGUACUCACCGCCUGGUAUGGCAGACUUUUCUCCCCGGCAAAACUAAAGGACACUUCUCCUAUCUGUGAAGGUGAGCACCACAGAUGCUUUGCACAUGAGCCCUAAAGGGAGCCUCUGAUCCAUUGCCUGUAUCAAGAAACAGGGGCCAACAUGAAGGAAAGCAUGCCAUCUGCCCUUGCUUUCAUCCUCCUUUUUCUCAACAUCAGCCUUCUUAAUGGACAAUCACCACCUGGAAAACCUGAGAUUUACAAAUGUCGCUCUCCUGACAAGGAAACAUUCACCUGCUGGUGGAAUCCUGGUACAGAUGGAGGACUUCCUACCAAUUACUCACUGACUUACAGCAAAGAAGGAGAGAAAACCACCCAUGAAUGUCCAGACUACGAAACCAGUGGCCCCAACUCCUGUUUCUUCAGCAAGCAGUACACUUCCAUAUGGAAAAUAUACGUCAUCACAGUAAUCGCCACUAACCAGAUGGGAAGCAGUGCAUCAGAUCCACUUUAUGUGGAUGUGACUUACAUAGUUGAACCAGAGCCUCCUCGGAACCUGACUCUAGAAGUGAAACAGCUAAAAGACAAAAAGACAUAUCUGUGGAUAAAAUGGUCCCCACCCACCAUAACUGAUGUAAAAACUGGUUGGUUUACAAUGGAAUAUGAAAUUCGAUUGAAGUCUGAAGAAGCAGAUGAGUGGGAGGUCCAUUUUACAGGGCAGCAAACACACUUUAAAGUUUUUGACUUAUAUCCAGGACAAAAAUACAUUGUCCAGACUCGCUGCAAGCCAGACCAUGGAUACUGGAGUAGAUGGGGCCAAGAGAAUUCCAUUGAAAUACCCAAUGACUUCACCUUGAAAAAUACAACCAUGUGGAUCAUUGUGGCUGUUCUCUCUGCUGUCAUCUGUUUGAUUAUGGUCUGGGCAGUAGCUCUGAAGGGCUAUAGCAUGAUGACCUGCAUCUUUCCACCAGUUCCCGGACCAAAAAUAAAAGGAUUUGAUACUCAUCUGCUGGAGAAGGGCAAGUCUGAAGAACUCCUGACUGCCUUAGGAUGCCAAGACUUCCCCCCCACUUCUGACUCUGAGGACUUGCUGGUGGAGUUUUUAGAAGUGGAUGACAAUGAGGACGUGCAGCUAAUGCCAUCCCAUUCCAAAGAGUACCCAGGGCAAGGUGUGAAACCCACACACCUAGAUCCGGACAAUGACUCUGGUCAUGGAAGCUAUGACAGCCAUUCUCUUUUGUCUGAAAAGUGUGAGGAGCCCCAGGUCUACCCCCCUGCUUUCCACAUUCCUGAGAUCCUUGAGAAGCCAGAGAAUCCAGAAGCAAAUAUUCCUCCCACCCAGGAUGCCCGAAGCAGCACCCCCUAUUUUCAUGCAGAUGUAUCCAAAUGGUCAACGUGGCCUUUGCUGCCUAGCCAGCACAUGACCAGAUCUCCUUAUCACAGCAUUGCUGAUGUGUGCAAGCUAGCCGGAGGUCCUGUAGAUACGCUCGCCUCUUUCCUGGACAAAGCAGGAAAAAAUGUUCUAAAAUUUUCUAAAACUCUUGAGACUGAAGAGGAAAAGGUGGCUGAGCAAGAGAAAAAGAAAAGCUUCCAUUCUGAGACUAAACAAAACACAUCAUGGCCCCUGCUUCAGAAAAAUGCCCCCAUUGUCUACGCUAAACCCCCAGAUUAUGUGGAGAUUCACAAAGUCAACAAAGAUGGAGUAUUAUCAUUGUUCCCCAAACAGAAAGAAAAUGACCAGGUGGAGAAGCCUGGGGUUCCAGAAACCAGUAAGGAAUAUACCAAGGUGUCUGGGGUUAUGGAUGACAACAUCCUGGUGUUAGUGCCAGAUUCACGAGCUGAGAACACAGCUUUGUUUGCGGAAUCAGCCAAGAAGGUUCCACCAUCGCUUGAACAGAAUCAGUCUGCGAAAGAUCUGGCUAGCUUUGCUGCAACCUCCAACAACUGCAGACUCCAGCUGGGCAGGCUGGACUACCUGGAUCCUACAUGCUUCACACACUCCUUUCACUGAUUGUUAGACUUAUGGAACGAUUGGCUAAAAUGUGAUUUUUCUUCAGGUAACACUACGGAGUCAUGGAAUAAUGUGGUCUGCUAGCAAAUGUUACAGGAUGUUGGUUAUUAACACUAUUUCACUCCCUUUCAUGUUUGUGUUCAACACUUGCCUCUUUUCAACAGCUGAU